CUUCAUUUCGCCGUGUGAACGCGACAAUUCAAUUUCAAUUCAAAAUGCCGAAAUCAAUCCUCUCCGUCAACGCCGGCUCAUCCUCUAUCAAAAUCACCUUCUAUACAUUCGAACUCCCACCACGGGAACUCGCCAAUGCGCAAAUCUCCGGAAUCACAGCGCCCCCACCGACUCUCAAAUAUACAAAAGGCGAUCAGACACACAAGGAAGAGCUGAAGGACAAGCUGAGCACGCCGCAGGAUGCGUUCAAGGCCCUGCUUAAACGAUGCUUCUCGGAUCCGGAGCUUUCAGAAGUCGCUAGCAGUGAUGACUUGUCAUAUAUCUGCCACCGGAUUGUACAUGGAGGGGAUUAUCCCGAGGCCGUGGAGAUUAAUGACGAGACCUACCACACAUUGAAGGGAAUUGAGGAUCUGGCGCCAUUACACAACUUUUCCGCCCUCGAGAUCGUCCGGGCAUGUCGAGAGGAUUUUCCCAACCUCAAGAACAUCACCUACUUCGAUAGCGCAUUCCAUCAAUCGCUCCCCGAACACGUGAAGACAUAUCCAAUCAACCAGCAAGUAGCCAAGUCGCAUGGACUGCGGAAAUAUGGAUUUCACGGAAUCAGUUACUCGUUUAUUCUUCGCUCCGUUUCUGAAUUCCUCAACAAGCCACAGGAGAAGACUAAUCUGAUUGUGAUGCACAUCGGAAGUGGUGCUUCGAUUUGCGCUAUUAAGAAUGGGAAAUCGGUUGAUACAUCAAUGGGCCUCACCCCGUUAGCUGGGUUACCAGGUGCGACGCGAAGUGGCUCGAUUGACCCAUCACUCGUCUUUCACUACACCAAUGAAGCAGGCAAACUAAGUCCCGCUAGUACUAAGGAGAUGCACAUUAGCAUGGCCGAAGACAUCCUCAACAAGCAAUCCGGCUGGAAAGCCCUCACAGGCACAACUGACUUCUCCAAGAUCGCAGUCGAGAACCCACCCUCCCACGAGCACAAACUCGCCUUCGACAUCAUCGUGGACCGCAUGCUCGGCUUCAUCGGAAACUACUUUGUUAAGCUUGAUGGCCAGGUCGAUGGGUUAGUUUUUGCAGGUGGAAUUGGCGAGAAGAGCGCGUUGUUGCGGAAGACGCUUGUUGAGAAAAGUCGGAGUUUGGGAUUUGCUAUUGACGAGUCUAAGAAUGACCAGGGGCCGAAGGAUGAUCAGACUGUGCUGGAUAUUUCGAAGGAGUCUGGCAGUGGACGGAGGGUGCUGGUUUGCCAGACAAAUGAGCAGUUUGAUAUGGCGUACAAUUGCAUUUUGACAAAGAAACAAUGAUUCCUGGCUUGAAAGACUUUUAUUUUAUUAGCACAUUAUGCAUGUUAGGGAAGAUAAUACGACUUAUCAGGAUCUCAAAUAUGAAAGUCAAGCCAAAUACAAAUCUUCUAAAAUUUCUAUGUCAACGCAGC